AUGGACCCUGCGACAACAAGCGCGACCUCACCCUUGCAACCAACUCAAGAUCAAGUCAACAGAAGACCACUAUCUUCCAGAUCAGUCAACUAUCACACAUCGCCUGCUGUCAAAUCCGUGCUUCUGGAACCAAAGAACCACCAAGGAAGCAACUGGCAGUUCAAGGUCACUGUCCAAGCCGAACAGAUGCCUACAUCACAACUUGUUCCCUUACACGAUGUCGAAAACACUCAAGUUCCGGAUCUCUGCCCUGUCUCUCAACUAGGUGACCACGCUACGGCAGACUAUUCCUUAUCAGAGAUCGACCUCUCCGAGGACCUCAUGCUGUCUUCUCGUCAUCCAGCAGCGAUCGACUCGCUAUCACCUGAACCACCGCGACCGAAUGUCUCUCGCAGAACUCCUGCAAGUACCCGUGUUGGCUCUUCGAGGAAACAGUUUGGUAGCAGGUCCAGACCAUCACAGCGCGCAAAGCCCGAAGCCGUAGAUGAACCGCAAUUCGGAGAAGAUGAAGAGCCGGAGGCGGUACUUGGCGCUUGUGCUCCUGGUGAUGCGACUAUGCUUGAGAGCGAAGAAUUCAGUAUGAUAUCCGUUGAUUCCUUGCCUAGCCGAGUCGCUGGUCAUUCAUCUCCCUCGCACGCUCUCCAGACUACCGAGGGUGAUGUCUCUGCCAAUCACUCAUACAUGCCUUCAUCACCCCCGGCCUUUGUUGCUGACAGAACCACCCCGGUGCCCGAGGAUUCGACUCCAGAAAACCCCAAGGCUCCACAACCAUCGCAAAAUUAUGACGCCGAAAUUGCCACACCUCUGAGAGAAAGCGCGCGGAAGUCUGGUAGAGCGUUGCAGGAUGCACUGAAUGGUCCCUUCCGCGAGUCCGUGUCAAGAGAGCUACCAUCCGCACGAGAGUCCAUCUUCAACGGCUUCAGCUCUGGUACCAGGCGCCAGCUGCACCAGAGUCUACACACUGGCCAGAGCUUGGCCUCUGCAUCAGCUAUGCAGAAUGCGCCCAGACUUGCACCUACAACUAGCACGAUGCCCAACUAUCUAUCCCCCUUCCACAGCCCAGUGCGACAACAAGAGACUUUCGACUCUCUUCCCAGCCGUCUUCUCACUCCCGAAACAGACGGCCGCUCACGAUCCACCACAAGUCUCCAAUCUCAAGCCAAUGUCGAGUAUCCCCAACUCGCCCAACCCACCAGAAGAAGCAGUGCAACUCAUGAAGAGCCUGAGAUGAGUUAUAUCAAUGUCCAGAGACCAUCAGCCACCCAAAUCCAAAGUCCGCCUCGCUCCCCGCCAGCAUCGGAACAUGAUGCAAACGAGCAUUCGGAAGCCAGUGCAGCCCAGCCAGAGGUAGAGGAAGAGGAAGAAGACGAUAAGGACAUUUGGCAAGAGGAAGCAAGCCGCUCUAUAGUCGACGGAGAAGGUUCUCCUGAGCAGACUGAUCUGUUCCUGGAUGAUCUCGUAGUCAAGCCUCGCAGGAGUAAACUUCCUGGUACCUGGCGUCGCACCUCGGGUGCAAGCUUCUCAUACAGCGAUUCUCCUGAAGCUCAGGAGCGUCAGAAUCGCAAGAUCAGUGCUUCUACUAUGGGCACCUCUAGGAAGAGUAGCGGCGUCAUGACACCGCCAUCAUCCGAUGAUGGUAGCGUCGCUGGUGGAGCGGAGUCGAAAGAUGGAGUUGACUUAGAGAGAGCCACAGUCGAUGAAGAGCUCAGCCAGUCUGAGUCUGGUGAUGAUACCGGGACAUUUUUCCAGCGAAAUCUUCCAUCUGUGUACAACUCGAGGAGUACAAAACAUGUUGCAGACUCAGCAAAGAGCAGUUUUGCACCUAGCAGUCCGCUCAGAAACACAGUCUUGGAUUUCAGCCCCUUGAAGAACCUUCAGGACUCUGAAAAUGGCUCAAGUCAGAACCUUUCCGCUGGCCCUUCGCCGCUUCGCAGGAGCCUGGUCAGGUCUAGCCACAUGAACAACACUCGGACUACUCGACGAGGCGAGAAUGUCGAUACUUCGGAGACGCAGACGGACUCAAGUUUAGCUUCUGACGCGCAGCAGAUUCAAAGAGAGAUGAGAAGCAACCCUAGCAGAGCUGCAAGCACCAUUUCAAGUUUGACCUCUGGAAGCCAGAUGAGAGGUUCAAGAAGAACGGCGAGCGCAAACACCAUUGACCUCACUGUCAGCGAUAGUUCUGAACAAGAGGUCUCGACAAUAUCCUCCAGGUCAAGGAGCUAUCAGGAAGAGCUGAAUCUAGAUUCGCCAAUGCGUGUCAAGGUCAACUUCAACGACGAUGCUGGCAACUCGACUCUACUGGAGCCCAGACGACAAUAUCCUCCUCUGUUUGAAAAUGUUCCGACAUUAACGAAACCGACGAUCGAGUCUCCCGAAGUUUCGCAGCCCAAGUCACCACUACUGAAACUUACUGAGUCUUUCUGGGAGGCUGUGACCAAGCCUCCAGUCUACGCAUCACCAGAGCGCAAGCCGUUGGUCAUGCAAGAGGCUGCAGCACCAGUACCUACAGUGCCUGAUCACGUCUUGCGUUUGCGUCGCAAGUAUGGUCUACUACCAGAUUGCCACCCCUUCAUAUACGCACACAUUCGCACACUGCAUCGCAUGCUCAACUCUACACGCUCCAAAUCUGGCAGCAGUAUUGUACCACGCAGCGGACCUCUGGGUCAUGGUCUAUCACGUCUGCUCGGCAAGACCAGGACCAACGAACUGGACCAGCAAUUUGUGUGGACGCAAACACAUCUACACGUCGUUGACUCGUUCAUGUCACUACUCUUACCACAGGAAGAACGUGAUCGCUUGCAAUACGAUACCGGGUCUUGGGGUGAUGUCGAAGCGCUUAGACAUCGCGGACGAGACUCCAAGGGUAGAUAUGGUGAUGAAGUGGUAUUCAAUGCCAUCAAGGGUGGCUUGAUCGAAGCUUCGUGGGUUGCAGAUGUACUCGUUGAUAUUGUGUUCAAGGAAGAGAUGAAUAUGAAGAAGAAGAGAGUUGCUGAGAUGAUGGCUCGCGCUGAAAGAAUGGAGAUGUAA